AUGUCAAGCAAGAAGAAACACAAACGAAAACACAGCGACAACGAUGAAGACGACGACGUUUUCUACUACCGCUACUGCGCUUCGUCCUCAACCCCCAACACCACCACCGGCACCACAUCCAGUAAUCAACCCCAAUCAAAACCGAACAACAAAGGAUCAUCAAUAGGAGGAACAGGUGAACCCUUAGCACCAUCAAAAUCGACGCUAUACGUUUCUAAUCUAGAUUACUCCCUAACAAACUCCGAUCUCCAUACGCUCUUCUUUACUUUCGGCAGCAUCGCGCGUGUAACCGUUCUCAAAGACCGUCACACGCGCCUAAGCCGCGGUGUCGCUGAUAAUGGACGUGCUCCGGAGUUUAUUCGGAAGCGCGUGUACAAUACUGAGACUGCUUUGUGUUAUGAGUGUGGGGGGCAUGGUCAUUUGUCGUAUGAGUGUUCUAAGAAUCAGUUGGGGCCGAGGCCGCGGCCUCAGCCUAAGAAGCCGCGACGGGGAUUUAGUGGGCUGAGGGAUAGGGAUGGGGAGGAGGAAGGUGAUGAGGAGGAGGAGGAGGGUGGUCAGAUUGCUGCGGAGCAGUUUGACGAUAAUUGGGCUUCUGUUGUGGUUGAUGAAGCGGGUGAAAGGUUGCUGGGGAGAAACAAAAAUGAUGAUGAGGGUUUGGACAACAACAAGACGAAGAAGAAAGGGAAGAAAGCUGGGUAUUUCAGUGAUGAGAGUGAUCAUGAUGAUAAUGAUUGA